AUGGCUAGAAACUUGCGCUCCAAAAUCCCGCAGUCCGAUACCCUAAUCAUAUGCGACGCCAACCCAAAAGCCACCCAGCAAUUUGUCCAGGAACAACCCAGCAGCCUCAAGGUGGAGGUUGCGACUAGCCCUCAACAGGUGGCUCUUGAAUCGGAAACAAUCAUAACUAGUCUCCCCGAACCCCGCCAUGUCAAAGACGUCUUCCACAUCAUCCUAAAAGGCGGCCUCCCAAAACUGCCGUCAGACAAAGACCGCCUCUUCAUCGACUGCUCGACAAUCGACCCCACUUCCUCUCGCGAAGUCGCAAACGCAGUACACUGCACGGGCGCUGGCAAAUUCGUAGAUGCACCCAUGUCCGGCGGAGUCGUGGGUGCCAAGGCCGGCACGCUCACCUUCAUGCUCGGUGCCUCCUCCAAGGUUUCCGGACUCGCCCAGCGCGCUGAGGAAGUGCUCCUGCUCAUGGGCAAGAAGGUGUGGCACCUGGGCGAGCAGGGGGCCGGACUCUCGGGGAAACUAGCCAACAACUACCUCCUCGCCAUCCAGAACAUCGCGACAGCGGAAGCGAUGAACCUCGGGAUUCGUUGGGGGCUAGAUGCGAAGACACUAGGCCAAAUGAUCAAUUCGUCCACGGGGAGGUCAUGGUCGAGUGAGGUGAAUAAUCCCGUGCCGGGAGUGGUGGAGACAGCGCCCGCAUCGAGGGAAUAUGCCGGCGGGUUUGGAGUUUCAUUGAUGAAAAAGGAUCUUCGGCUUGCCGUGGAAGCGGCCAAGGAGGCGGGAACGCCGUUGAAGCUUGCGGAGAAGGCUCAGCAGGUCUAUAAGGAGACGGAGGAGGGGUAUCCUGGGAAGGACUUUUCAGUGGUGUAUAAAUAUUUGAAGGAUAUGUCGCGAUAG